AUGCCAGUUUCUUGUUCCGCCCAUGACUGUACUAAUCGAAGGCAACGUGAUGGCAGUAUCCAUUUUUUUUCAUUUCCUUUAAAAAAUGCUGAAAGAAACCAACUUUGGAUAAAUGCUGUGGGGCGUAAAGGAUUUAUUCCAACAAAAAACAGUGCUAUUUGCAGCAGUCAUUUUGUAGCAUCCGAUUUCAAAAUAAAUCCAGGAAGCAAUUACCGUUUACAUUUAAAUGAUACUGCUGUACCAUCUGUUUUCCCUGGUAAUACAUCAGAAAAAAAAUCUCAAAUUGAACAAAACAUUGAAGAAAAUUCACCUAUUAGAGGGAUUAUUGAUACAAAUAAUUUAUUAUUGACUACUCCGUCCAAAGUAACAGCAAGAAGGCCUUUAAUUUCUCCUAAAACAAAAAGUAAACAUACAAGUGAACCUCUAACACCUAGGAAAAUUGAGUUAACAAAAAAAAAUAAAAUUGUUGCAACAAGGAAUAAGACGAAGGGAUAA